UCUGGUCUGCUGUUGAGCUUUCUCUCUCUUCGUCACUCGUCAUCAUUCCACUCCACUCCACUGCGUUGAACACCUUGUUCGGAUCGCCAUUACUAGCGUUCCCUUAUCACCCGCGAGGACACCGAAAUCUCAAAACUAAGCCCUAGUGACAAUGGCCGACCUUAAACAAUUCACCCUGGCCGAGGUGGCAAAGCACAAUACGGCGACCGACCUGUGGAUGAUCAUCGACGACAAGGUGUACGACGUCACCAAGUUCCAGGCCGAGCAUCCCGGAGGUGAGGAGGUGCUGGUUGAAGCCGCUGGAAAGGAUGCCACCACGGAGUUUGUCGACGUCGGACACAGCAGCGAUGCCAAGGAACAGAUGAAGCAGUUCGUCGUGGGAGAAAUCAUUGAGGCCGAGCGAAAAAAGAAGAAAGCGGCCUGCCAGCCAGAUUCCGCUUCUCCGUCAGCCGGAUCGUCCUGGUUCGGUUCGCUCAAGGCCAAACUGUUUGGAUGAUCCUUCCGCGCGAGAAAUGCUUUUUUGCUUUGUUUUGCGUGUUAAGUUUAAGCACAAUAUUUUGCGAGUAUUUAAUAUGACAACACAAUCUAUUAUUUCUAAUUGACAUUCAAUUUGUACUAAGCUUUUGUGAUGGUGCUGACUUCCAGUCAGGAUUCAUAGUUAAAUAAAUACGUUUGUUUCAUUAUUUUUCA